AUGACCCUCAUACUGACAUUCGAUUCUCAGCACCCUCUUCAAGAGGAAUUACGCCUUCCUGGGAGCAGUCUUUGGCGCUGGCUUCGCCUUCGAAUUGUAUGCGAUGGGACACCAAACUGGGCUAAUGAGGGUUAUGCUAAUGCCGUUCACAGGGGCUUCAACGGCAUCAUGAACAAGGUCUGGGACGCAAACAACCGAGGCCGCCAAUGGAAGGAUAUCCGCCACAAGUAUGUUGCGGAUGCUGAGGAGGACGAAGAAUAG